CGCGUCGCAAAUUCAGCAUAAUCAAGGAGAACCCUUCCAGGUGGUGAUCUCUGAAACUGCUCAGUGAGCACCCCUAAUUAACCUGAUUUUUUGGUGAUAAUCACUCACAAUGGAAUCAAAUCAAAAAUCCAGGGAUGGAUUGGCCGGCACACAGAAAGAAGCUGCCCUCCGCACAUUAAUUCAGCGCACAGGAUAUAGUUUGAUUCAGGAAAAUGGCCAAAGGAAAUAUGGAGGGCCUCCACCAGGCUGGGAUGGACCACCGCCAGAAAGAGGCUGUGAGAUUUUCAUUGGAAAAUUACCCCGAGACCUCUUUGAAGAUGAACUCAUCCCAUUAUGUGAAAAAACUGGAAAAAUCUAUGAAAUGAGGAUGAUGAUGGACUUCAAUGGAAACAACAGGGGAUAUGCUUUUGUGACAUUCUCCAACAAACAGGAAGCCAGGAAUGCAAUCAGGCAACUGAAUAAUUAUGAAAUUAGGAACGGUCGACUCCUAGGGGUUUGUGCCAGUGUAGACAACUGCCGUUUAUUUGUAGGAGGAAUCCCGAAAAUGAAGAAGAAGGAAGAAAUUUUAGCAGAGAUGAGGAAAGUUACAGAUGGUGUCGUCGAUGUCAUUGUCUAUCCCAGUGCUGCUGAUAAAGCAAAAAACCGUGGUUUCGCUUUUGUAGAAUAUGGAAGCCAUCGGGCAGCGGCUAUGGCAAGACGAAAACUGCUACCAGGAAGGAUACAAUUAUGGGGACAUCCCAUAGCUGUAGAUUGGGCAGAGCCAGAGGUUGAGGCUGAUGAAGAUACAAUGUCAUCAGUGAAAAUCCUCUAUGUGCGAAAUCUUAUGUUAUCAACCACUGAAGAGACAAUUGAAAAAGAAUUCAACAAUUUUAAACCAGGCUCAGUGGAACGAGUAAAGAAAAUCAGAGACUAUGCAUUUGUGCACUUUAAUAACCGAGAAGAUGCUGUCGAAGCCAUGAACGUCUUAAAUGGGAAGGUGUUGGAUGGUUCUCCCAUUGAAGUCACAUUAGCCAAGCCAGUAGACAAAGACAGCUAUGUUAGAUACACCAGAGGCACAGGAGGGCGAGGAACAGUGUUACCAGAAUAUACUUAUACAUUUGGGCAUGUAUAUGACCCUUCUGCAGCCUACCUGGGAGCCCCAGUAUUCUAUGCACCUCAAGCCUAUGCUGCUAUUCCCAGCCUUCAUUUUCCUGCUACAAAAGGACAUCUCACCAAUAGGGGCGUUAUCAGGCCGCCAUCCAUUAGAGAAAUUUACAUGAAUGUACCUGUAGGGGCUGCUGGAGUUAGAGGACUAGGAGGCCGUGGCUACUUGGCUAACCCUGCCCUGGGUCGUGGAUACCAGCUAAAAGGAGAAAAAAGAGGGGAGGACAAACUAUACGACCUUUUGCCAGGAAUGGAGCUUACGCCAAUGAAUCAUGUCAGUUUAAAACCACAAGGAAUCAAACUUGCUCCACAGAUAUUAGAAGAAAUCUGCCAGAAAAAUAACUGGGGACAGCCAGUCUACCAACUUCAUUCUGCCAUUGGACAAGACCAAAGACAGCUGUUCUUAUAUAAAAUCACUAUUCCUGCCCUUGCCAGUCAGCAUCCUACUAUGCACCCCUUCACACCACCCAAGCUAAGUGCAUAUGUAGAUGAAGCCAAAACAUAUGCAGCGGAAUAUACUCUUCAGACCUUGGGCAUUACCAUUGAAGGUGUGGAGACCCCUAUUGCCACAGCAACCUUUCCAGGAUACAUUGCUAAUGCAACUGCCACAGUAGCAGCUACUCAGCUCAAGCAAGCAGUGACUCUAGGACAAGAUUUGGCAGCCUACGCAGCAUAUGAAGCUUAUCCAGCAUUUGCAGUAGCUACUCGUAGUGACGGAUAUGGAACGUUCUAAAAAAAAAAAAAUCCAGCUUCAUUUAAAAAUGAAGCUAUGGUGGGGGCGGGAGCUACUUCAAGCUAAUUAUUAGUCAGGUUCAGCGCUUUUGCAUGAGUGAUUGGAUAAAUUCUUUGCUUUUAGAUUAGCACAGAAGUUCCCAAACUUUUUUCCUCACAGACCACUUGAGAAUUGCUGAGGGUCUUGUGGACCACUAAAUGAGUUUUCUGCCUGCUGUAGCAAUUGUAAUGCAUUGUGCUAGAUGCUGUAUGAAUUUAAUUGUAUUUUUGCAGACAUGCCAUUGACCACCUGAAUGAAGCUCAUGGACCACUGGUGGCCUGUGGACCACAGUUUGGGAACCCCUGGAUUAGCAGUUCAAUAAUGGUAAAUAAUGGUAGACACUUGUUUUUAAGUCUUAAAGUCCAUUUUUAUAUGGCGGCGGGGGGGGGAUAGCCCUAACCUAAAAAGGAAAAAAAAACUUCUUAUGUACAUUGUUUGAUUGUUGUUUAUGAACAAUGGUCCAUGACGGCAAUUUGCAAUAGUAUUUUUUAAUAGUGUCAAGAAUUUUGAAGUUGUGAGGCUAUAUUUCUUGCUGUAAAGCAUGUUAUAUAGAUAAGAAUUCUGCAUAUGAUGGUACAAUAGCCAUAACCUUAGGGCCAAAUUAGUUGUGACUGUAUUUAACUGCAUUUAAAACUGUUGUGUGUGUUUUUAAUGCCAAUAGCAGACAUUGCAAGGGGAGGGACUGAAAAUUACUGAAGUCACAUUAGGUGCAAUGGGGAAAUUUAAUCCUUUCCUCUCCUGCCCUGGUGCAAAUUACUCCUCCAAGACUCCCAUUGGCAUCGCUGGAUUCUGUUUUCGUUGACAGAAAAUAAAAAGGAGCUUGAAAGUAUGAGAACAAUGUCUCAAAGACAAAUAAACUGGUCCCAAUGUUCAUUUUCAAUCUCUCUUUUUAAAAAUUAUUUUUCAGGAGCUGAAUGAUUAUUUUGGAAUGUUUAGCUUCAAAUAUUUAAGCAAAAUCUUACACAUCUUUACUCAAAAGCAAGUGCCACUAUGCUCAGUUAUGCUUACUCCCAAAGUAGUCAGUGUGCAUGGGAUUACAGCAUACUUUAAUUGGAUUUGUGUGAUUUUAAAUAACAUUUUCAACAUUGGUAAAAAAAAUGAAAACCCUACAGAGACUAGAAUGUACAACUGAUAUAAAAUGAUUCUUUUCUACUUUCUGUUGUAUGAGGAUCAUUUGCAAAUGAUGCUUCCCUAACUUAAAAGGUUAUCUUAACAUAUUCAUAAAUGCUGUUAUAAGCUGGUUGAUUUGCAGAUGGGCUUCAAGGGGUAUAAAGUGUUUCCCACUCCAUGAAAUCCUGUUGUAAGUAACAUAUCUCAAAGAAAAUAAAAGCAGAUUUGGGGAUAGUGAUAACAGAUUUAGAUUCUACAUUAUAGUACAGCUAUAUUAUAGUGUGGCGUAGUUGUCAGAGUGUUGCACUACGACCUGGGAGACCAGGGUUCGAAUCCCCACACAGCCAUGAAGCUCACUUGGUGACCUUGGGCCAGUCACUGCCUCUCAGCCUCAGAGGAAAGCAAUGGUAAACCCCCUCUGAAUACCGCUUACCAUGAAAACCCUAUUCAUAGGGUCACCAUAAGUUGGAAUCGACUUGAAGGCAGUCCAUUUCCAUUUCAUAUUAUAUGAAUGGCACUCAUCACAUAUCCCUAUUAUCACUGCUUAUGGCAUGACAUAAUACAUGACCAUCUCUCUCAUCUUUGCUUGUUCCUAAAAUAAAUUAUUAAAAGGUCCUAUGUAAUAGAAAGUUCAGUGAUUUCUUUGCAGCUAUGAAUCAUUACAAGAAUAGAAAUAAGAGCUUGAUGAUAGCAGGGUGGAAUCUUUAGCCUCUCUUGUUAUAUCAAAAUAAUUUUCUAAUUAAAGCAAGGACAAUCCUGUUUAUUGCUUUUCUGGGACAGAUCUGGCAUGCCAUUAAUUGACUAUUCACUAUGUUCUUGGCUUUAAUCUGCAUUCUGUUCCUGCAAAUGAAAUGAAUGGUCUUGUUUAUUCUAGAGAACCUUCUAUCUUUCUUUUCCAAGAUUGUGCAAUAGUAAAGGUUGUGGACAGUUUCUGAUUUGAGCUGAUUCAGGAGAGUGUUUUGGUGAUCCUUUGAGGGCCUCUAGUGUCAUGCCCUACAGUGCUGAGCAAAUAACAAUUGUCCAUGUACAAGGGAAACCAAAGAUCAAUGGCCAAAUUUCAAAAGUCUUCUUUUCCACAUCUAAGAGCCUACCCAUAAUUAAUAAAGCCCAAUAAUUUAUAAUGUAAAGUCGAACAUUAAACUACAUUAAAGAUCUGUCAGUACUACAGUUCAUCAACAGAAGAUAUGCCCCUCUAAUUAUUCAUUCUUGGGACAAGCAGAAACAAAUGCCAGUGGUAGAGCAGCUAUAAUAUGUAUUCUCAGCAUUAUCCUAAUGCUGUUAGAAAUGUCUAAGUACAUAUUUUUAUAGCCAGAUAAGCCUGUCCUAAACUCUUUAUUCAGUAGAUUGUACUGAAUUUAAAACAGUGUACAUUAAUUUUCUGGGUCCAUUAUGGACAUUUCUUUAUACAUAUAUGUGCAUACUUAUAUAUUUGUACAAAACAAAAGAUGGAUAUGUUUAAACAGAAGCACUCAGAUUGCACUCACGGGUUUAAACAGAAUGUUGUAUUUCUUGAGCUCCUUGCCAAAUAUGAAUACAGCAAGACAGAUCAUUGGUCCUUGUAGCUCUAUGUGGUCUAUUCCAGGGAUGGGAAGCCGUUGACCCUCCAGACACUGUUGGACACCAACUCUACUCAGCCCCAAUCAGCAUAACAAAUGGCCCAGGAAGAUGGAAGGUGUAGUCCAACAAUAUCUGGAAGUCCAUAGGUUCAUCCCUGGUCUAUUCAACCACCAGUGGCUCUCCAGGAUCUCAGGUGUUUCUCAUUCCUGCUACCACAGAACAUUUUUCCCCCUCUCCAAACUUGGAGAUGCCAGGGAUUCAACCUGGGACCUUAUGCAUGCAAAGCAUGCUCUCUUCUACUCACCUGUGGUCCCAUCCCAAUUUUUAUGGUCCAGUAUUGUGAUCCCAUGAAUAGACCCUUCCCUCUUCCCAGAUGAUCCAUACGUAUGCAGUAGAAUUGCCACUUUCCAUACCAGCACCAAAUUUGGAGAUUUGGGGUAUAUGUCUGUGUGUGUGUCUCUCUCUCUGCCUGCUGUGGUCUUGAAGCAGUCUCCAUGUGUGUGUUCAACCUAAAUCAAUUGUGAAACUUUCCCAAGAUUACUGUAUUCACAUAUCUAAUGUUAACCACACCAAAAAAUGCUUCUAACUGGUUGAAAUUGUUUCUUGCUUUUAUUUUACUAUAUAGUCCUCCCAAGCUAUUAUUAUUAUUUAUAAACCGUAAGAUAAAGCAGGUGCCUGAGACACAGAAACAGUAUUAAAAAGUAUGUGCAUAAAAGCACUUAUAUUUUUCAUACCUUUAGUGCAGCCUUUAUAUGCACUGUGAAAUCACGUAGCUAGUUUUAUUUAGAACAACUGUUUGUUUUGGAAAUGCAAAUUAAGCAAAUUAAACCAUGAAUUAGGAAAAAUUAUGUCAGGUAAAAUUCUGUGAAGCUGUGUUGUAAAUCAAAUAAUGAU